UGCAGCGCGCGGUGGGGCGCGCCUUGGGUCGGCAACGCGCGCUCUUGUCGAGUCCUGUUGCACGGGAGCUGGGAGUUUGGAGAUGCCUGGUGGCGGUAACUCUCGCGGCAAAAAGAGAAAAAGAAAUUUGGAUCUAGAAUACCCAUCCUUUCCAGGAAACAGUCCACUGCGGUUCAGAAGAUCAGGCCUCAGGCCAGGGGGGACAGCUGCUACCCUCUCAGAAGCAUGGCUCAGGUGUGAAGAAGGAUUUCAGGAUACUUCUGGGACUCCGUCAUUAGCAGCUGAAAAGAAGACUGUUACAGAAAAGCACCUUGAAUUAUUUGCUAAUCCCAAGAAAGAAACCAUUACAUCCAAGGAUACCAGCGGGCUUACGGAUAUAACUUGGAGUUCCAGUGGAAGUGAUGAGUCAGAUGAAGAUGAACUACAGUUUGUUGACUGGGAGAGUGACAGUGACAGGGAAGACACUAAUGAAUAUAAUAAAUUUGGAGAUGAUGAGAGUGCUGUGGAUAUAUCAGACUCUGCUUCUUGUGCAAGCAGUCAUUCUUCGACAAGUGAAGAGAAGGUAUCUGCGCUUCCUAAGACAAAUUCUAUAGAAAUUUUGGAGUAUUCAUCAGAUAGUGAAAAAAAAGAUGACUCAGAAAAUGUAUUGGUCAUUAAUUCAGAACCAUCUAAUAAAUACUCUAUGGAUUUUGGAUCAGAUGGAAGACAAGUUAUGGAAACACUGGUAAACCCAAGGGUGAAAUCUACAGAUAACAUUUUGUAUACACCGCAGAGACAGACAAAGUUUCCCAGGACUCCUGAAAAUUCAUCAAAGAAGCAGCUUCUAAGAGGCGGUCUAGCAGAAAGACUAAAUGGACUGCAGAAUCGAGAGAGAUCUGCCAUUUCUUUGUGGAGACAUCAGUGUGUUUCUUACCAAAAGACACUCUCAGAUAGCAGAUCUGGUAUAUUAAUUGUGAAAAUUCUAGAGCUGCAUGAAGAAUGCACCAUCCAAGUUGCCAUGUGUGAGCAGUUAGUGGGACUGCAGGCUGACAGCCCUUCUCAAGGUGAGGCCUCUGGGACUGGCCUAAAGGUUCUCUUCACCAAGGAGACUGCACAGCAUCUCAGGGGGCAUCCCCAAGAUGUCAUCCAUAUCUACCCUCCCUGGCAAAAGCUUAUUAUCCCCAAUGGAAGUUUCCCUGUUAUUCUGAAUACUUAUUUUUGUCAGAAAGUUGUUGCCAAAGAAGAUUCAAGAACAACACAUGAAGUACGCGGUUGGAACACACCCCUCCCAAGAAGAAACAUCACUUUGGCCCAGAUGUUUAGAUUUAAUUGUCUAACAAAUAAUUCACCUGAAAGCCAGGUUAUGAGUAGUAGGCUCACUGCCUUGAGGACAGAUUGGACCCACAGACAGAAGGAAGCAAAACAGUACUUUUCAUCUCAAGCGCCCCUGAGAGAUUCUCUCCUGGAUACAGUAGAAAGCCAAGGAGCCGCCACAUGGUCAGGAGUUAGAGUUCCAGUGGUGGUGCAGAGAGUUUACUCUCUUCCCUGCAGGUGUCAGCAGGGAGGUGGCUCAGCUGCUGUCCCCACUUCAGACCCACCUAAAGUUCGAGCCUGCCUCCUCGUACAAGAUGCCUAUGGAAUGUUCAGUGAAGUGCACUUAGAGGGCACCAUCUUUAAGGACAGACAGUUGGAAGGGAAAUCCUGCAGCCUAGCGGGAAUGAAAGUUCUACAGAAAGCCAUCAGAGGAAGGGCAAUGGGGCUUUUCAGUUUGAUUGAUACUCUGUGGCCUCCAGCGAUGCCUGUGAAAGCACCUGGCCACGACCAGGCCUGUGAAGAGGUAAAAACAUAUCUGCCACCUCCUAGCUUCUGUUAUAUCCUCACUGCUCAUCCAAAUCUGGGACAAAUUGAUAUAAUUGAAGAUCCCAUUUCUAAACUGUACCAGCCUCCAAUUCCUCGCUUAUUAAGAGAAAUUCUUCAGACUGACGAUCUCGGUACCCGUUGCAGCUUCUAUGCCAGAGUGAUCUAUCAAAGACCACUGCUAAACAGUCUGUUGCUUCUGGAGCAAAGGGAGAUUUGGUUGAUGGUGACUGAUGUUACCCUGCAAGUGCAGGAUGAAAAUAACUCUGGAUUCCCCAAAACCCUGCCAGUCUGUGUGACCCCCUCUUGUGCGCUGGGCCAGGAAGUCCUGCAGGUGCUGACCGAGGCUGCCCCUCACAGCUUCUUCUUCAGAGAUGCCCUCCGAGACCAGGGUCGGAUUGUUUGUGUCGAACGCACUGCCAUCUUGCUUCCAAAGCCCGUUUUAGGUGUGGCUUCCAGGGCUCGCUCCUGCGAGCUGGCUGGCCCUGUAAAGCUUGAUGAACUGGAUUGUGUCACUCAGGUCAACUCCAUUUGCAGCAUUCAAGGCACUGUGGUCGGUGUGGACGAGAGCACUGCUUUCUCGUGGCCUACAUGUGACCUGUGUGGCAACGAGAGGUUGGAGCAGAGUCCAGAAGACAGAGGCGCCUUUUCCUGUGCAGACUGCUGCCGGGUGGUCUCCUGUCCUCUUCUGAGAAGGCACCUCCAGGUCUUCCUGGACUGUCCCUCACGACCCCAGUGCACAGUGAGGGUCAAGCUGAUGCAGAGCAGUAUCUCUUCACUCCUGAGGUUUGCCACCUGUGAGGAUGGGAGUUAUGAAGUGAAGAGUGUCAUUGGAAAGGAGGUGGGGCUGUUAAAUUGUUUUGUCCGGUCCGUAACCACCCACCCAACCAGCUGCGUUGGAUUGGAGGAAAUUGAGCUUCUGAGUGCAGAAAGAGCCUCCUAAGAUCACCAUGGGUUGUCAUAGGAAUCUGAAGAUUUGCAGUGUGGCUGCAGGGGUGCUGGUGGUGGUUUUUGGUAGUUAUUAACUAUGGGAAAAGUGAGUAUAUUUUAUGAUCUUGAAAUGGAACUUAAGAUUUUUCUGGGGCACAUGUUAAUAAAAUGUUUUUGUAAACUAUAAAUCAAAAUAUUUUUUUCUACAGUUAUAUAUUACUACCUUUCUGCAAACUCAGGAAUGUAACUGUUAAUAAAGCUUACAUAAGCUAGAGGUCUUCAUUUUGUUAUUUCUCUUAGGCAAUAAUAUUAAUGUAGCAAGAAAAAAUUUUUGUUCAGUUGCAAUUUUAAAGUGUUUAAAUUUUACCACAAUUCAGCAUGUUUUUCUUACAGUAUUUAACAUUCCCCCAAAGAAUAUACUGCAAAGCUUAAACCUUUGUCCUAUAUUGUUAUAUUACUGUUCUGCUGCAAUAAAUGUCCAACCUAAGCAUUUUGCACUUUUGUUUUUAAGUAUUUUUUUGGUCAGGUAUUCUGGGGAACUUUGUCGGAGUUUAAAAUGUUACCCAUAAAGUGCAAAUAAGUUAACCAGUGUCACUAUAGGUAUACCGAACAGAGACAUAAUUAGCUCACUCUAGAUAGGCCUGUUUAAUCAUAUCAGAUACUGUGCAGAGAGCAGCAAGAUCACAGACUAAAGAGUGGAUUUUAACAUUUGUUUUGUUGGCAGAGAUUUAAAUUAAAUGUAAAACCAUGAAUUAAUUAGCUUUGCACACUAAAGAUUUUGUUUUCUCCCUUAUGAUAUAAUCGUAACAGUUCAUAGUUAAUUAAUUACAUAAUAUAGAUGUACUAGCCAAGAUCAAGAAAGGGUGCCUAGUACCUACUUUCACUGGGGGAAAGGCGAUGGCUUUAUCUCCUUGUCCACGUUUAGCUUUGAAACAUUACCAUUACUGGCAAAAACAGCCGGUUUUAUGUAGAUGUGUGGCUCUCCUUUUCAUCUACAUGACUAUUUUGUACUCACACGCACUUUGCAAAUCUACUUGUAGCUGUCCAUGAGACAGGAAAGUGAAAGCAAAGUCCCACGAAAACCAACGAUAAUUCAAACAUGACUUUUAGAAUAGCCUGAGCCAUCCUAUACCGCCUCAGCCCUCAAGCAGCCCACUAAAGUUAGGCAGCUGUUCAGCUGUUCUCCAUAGGGUCCCAGAUCGGCUGCAGGGCCAGUCGGCCAGCCAGUCCCCUCCCCCAAAUCUGGGUACUUUUUUCGGAGGACCAUCCACCAGAAAUUUGCUAGCUUUACGUGAGUUUGGUCGUGCUUCGCUGAUCUUAGGCAAAUUAAACAAAACAUAUGGAGGUAGACUUUGGCAUGUUUCAAAAGCAAAGCAGACUCUUUCUUCUAAGAAGCUUGGUUCCCCGUCGGGGGUUACACACCUGGGUCCCGUGCGGACUUCCAGAUGCCGAGCCGCACA